UCAUUCUUUCGCUUACCGUGUCACUGCCAAAAAAGGUUAAGGAAUAGUACCCGGAGAUUAACGAGUUUGGUUCACCGUUCAGAAGCUAAAAAAGCAGUUUAUCCCAUCGUUAACGAGUCAAGUACGAAGGAGUUACGGCUUUACUCAACCCCGCCGAGCAGGGAAGUGGAGGUACCAGUGUUGCAAGAUCACUCUUUUGCUACCCAUCCGUAACUCAAUCACUCCGACAAUCCCCAUCUUCUUUUUCCAGCGAUGCCGGAGCGAGACGACAAAGGUUGGGACUUCUACCUCCGAACGCUCUCCAACAGCUCCAGAGACUCCAACACUGCCAACGACCCCGCUUCCGAUCCCUCUCUUCUUCAUUCCGUGAAGAAGCUUUACGAAAUUUGCAAGUCUAAGAAUUCGGAGGACUUGGUAGCUAGGGUUUAUCCGCAUGUUAACAAGAUCUUCCAUCGAGCCGUCGCUUCCCGUUCUCAAUCUCGAACCUCCAACGGCCUUCUCUUAUUGGCAAUUCUUCAGUUUUUUCUAGACUUUGGAGAGGUUGUUCUUCAUGAUGCUGAUCCUAGUCUUAGGACAUUUUUUCGUUCGUGUUUGAGCAGAGAGUUUGCUGAUCCGGUUGUGGCAGAAGCAACUUUUUUCCUUUGUUGUUGAAACUGAUCGCUUGGAAUGGUGAAAGAUUAGAGAAACAAUUUUCGAAAGCUUUCCCUGGAUUGAUGUCACCUGGAUCAUUUAUUCCGUUAUUCCCAUAUUUAAUAGACUUGCCGAUUCUGGUAGUGGCAUUGGAGAGGGUGGAAAAAAGCUCAGGACCACUUAUUGGAAAUAGCAUAGCUUCGAUUCAGCAGAAUACUGCUCCUAAGAUGCUACUUGCCCUUAUGGAUGAAGCCUACACUGGUUCAACAAUAGAAGAUGGUGGAGGAGAUUUUGAAUCUGACGAUAACAGUGCAAUUGAUGUAUCUGAUCCUUUGUUCCUCGAGCUUUUAAAGGAUGAAAAUGAUGGUAUCGCUGAACGUCCUUGGUCAUCUCCAGUGAUGGCAACUCUAUUGCAGGCUGCUGCUAAUAGUCCUUACUCUGAUAGGCUGAAAGCAGUACUUAGCAUGGCACCCCAUCUUCUUGAUGUUUACUUCUCUAUAGCAUUGCGUGAUGUCAAUGACUCUCUGAUCUGUGCAUUGAUUCCCCUUCUUAUGUCAAGAUUUGCUACCAUAUUUCCGGAUAAAGUAUUUUCUUAUGAGGUCCGAAACCGGCUUUUGGAGUUUAUGCUUUCUACUUUUCAGCAUUCUCCAAACUUCAUUGCUCUUCUAAAGAAACCUAUAAUGGACAGACUUGGAGAAGCUUAUGACAGCCCAGAAAAGACAGAAUUGGCAUUGCAAUUAUGCUGGGCCAUUGGAGAGCAUGGUGGAGGUGGUGAAUCUCACAAAGACGAAGCUCGUGAGCUUUUUGAGAGUUUAGAACUCCUUUUGUAUGAAAACCUUUCCUCUAGUCGUCUCGGCAUGACACAGGAGGUGUCCCUUGGUCCUGAUAAGAAUAACUACAGACGGUCAUCACAAUCGAGGCUUCUAUGUUUUGUUAUAACAGCCAUUUCAAAGCUUGCUACACACCAUCGCGAAUUAGCACCAAGAGCACGUGUAUCCUUGGGCAAGGUGGCCCGUUCUCGAAUUUCAGAUGUGAGGGUGUGGAGACGUGCAUGCGAUUUCCUGGCUCUGAUGAAUGAUCCUGCUAUAUGCGCAUCCAUAUUGGGGCCUUCACGGUCUUCAACAGGCAAAGUUGGCAGCAUAAAUUGGAAUGAAGGUGCAACAAAGAUGAUUGCACACGUUCCUUUUUACAUUCUAGGGGAACAAGAAGGGCCGCCGUUUAAUGAUUUUUCAUUCUCAGAUAUCCUUCCAGGGAGGUGAUGAAAGCUAUUGCAUACCGUUGGGUCAGUUUGAUCAAUAUUGAUCACGAUCCUCCUAUAAGUAGGCACAACUCACGUAGCUAUUUUCCUCUUCUUUUUUGGCUUCUAAAAUGGACGCCUGAAACUUAGCACCUCUUUUCUCAUCAAAACAAUGGUUUGGCUUUUCCACUGGAAAGUAACACACCAAUGGAAUGUGAUUAUUGCGUUCCUUUUGGUUGUUAUUCAAAAUUUCUCAUUCUUUCAAUCUCCUUCAAAGUACGAACUACAAGGCCAGCUUGUCUAUUUGUGGGAGGGUUAGAAUAUUUAUUUGAACUUUUCGUUGUAAAAUAACUAUAUUAUCGAAAUGUUCCAGUCAUUAUUUUCACAAACUUGUUAAACGUA